AUGGCGAUUGAAUCGGCUCCCCACAGUCCACGGGUAGAUUGCUUUUUCGAACUUCUCCCCACAGAGAUAUUGGAAAUUAUUUUGGAUUAUGUCGGCAACAACUCCCCAUCCAGCCUACGUGCGCUGGCGCUCACAAGCAAAUCUUUAUUAGCGGUGGCUUCGCCUUUCAUCUAUCGUACCGUGACCAUUCAACUUGAUCGUGAGAGCGACGACGAAAUAUUGUCUCAAAGCAAACGACUACUUCAAAAUCUUCAACGGUUCAAUGCCUUUUCCAUGGUCCGAUGCUUUAGAAUUGAGCGUCGAAGAUUGGAUGGUAAAGAUCGAGCCAUAUCAUCAAGUCCCACGAAGUAUAUCGAUGAUUUGAGACAACAUGUGCUUGAAUUUCCCUCGCCAUACCUGCGCCCCUUCCCUCGGCAUCAUUUUCCUAAUGGUCUCUGGGAAUACACCAUUGAGGAAGACAAAAAGUGGCCCCCCGUUGCAGAUCUGAUUAGAAAAAUGCCUCAACUACGGGAUCUUUUGUAUGGUGGAUUAACCCAAUUCGCCCCGUGUCUUCUCGAGGCUCUUCAUCAGAGCAGGCCAAGUUGUCGCUUGUGGUUGAAUACAUUCAAGUUAAACAGUUUGUGGGACGGCGACGGCCAAAUUGAUCCCCACGAGCUUGCCUUAGUAUCAUCUCCAUGUCUAUAUAGUAUUAGAUCUGAUGGUUUCGAGCCCUGGGAUGAAUUGCCAGGUGACCAUUUCAUAUUUGACCGAGAGGCUAUUUGCCGUAUUGUGGCCACCCUUGCACCUUGCAUACAAGAGGUUCAUGUAAUGCGUUGCUAUGGAAGCCACAAGAGACAUCCACGGCCAAAGCAUCGAUGGGCCAAAUUUAUCGAGAAAGCCCACGACGAUAUGCCUAAAAAAGGCUCAUUAAGAUACCUUAGUAUCAACGUCAACGAAGACAACAAAGGCAACGAAGAAGACUACAACGGACCAAGAUGGAUUCAAAGGCCAAUCAUGGAAUUGUGGGAAGACUGUACAGAUUUUUCGAUCCUUCAUACCCUUCGCUUGAUGAGUCCUCCUUCUGAUGAAGUACUGGACUUUCUAAGUCGUGAAUGCUCUUUCCAAUCGCUUCAAGAGCUAGAACUCACCAUGUCAUCGUACACUCUAUCAUUGCCUUCGGAUGAUCUCGACUUUAUUACUCCCAGCUUCCAGCCUGUUUAUCAGUUUUUUUCCAGCUUGCCGCCUUUAUCGACAUUGAUAAUUCAUGGCUGGUGUUCCAGACACACCUUUGAUUAUUUCUUAGCUCAUCAUGGUGAUACAUUGACCAAAUUGGUUAUUUCACCCAACCCGAGCACUGGGCACAUAUCGCAACAUCAUAUUAAGCAAAUCAGCGAAUUCUGUCCAAACCUCGAAGAACUCAAGAUUACUAUUCCUCGUAAUCGAGGUCUUUAUUCUGAAGUAGAAAGUUAUCUCCAGAUUGGAAGAAUCCCAAAGCUCCGAUACCUGAACAUUGAACUCGACGUAACAAAUGUCAAGCUCUGCAAUCGUCAAAUGGACUACCCAGGUGUUAGUCCUACACUGAGUAUCACAGCCGCCGCUUCUUCAUUCGAUAAUUAUGAUCUCCAAGAAUGCCCCGAGAAACUGGGCGGGAAUAUGGUUUUUCGAAACGGUGAUAUCCGCGAAGCAUUGAUUGAUCAUGCGAUUGACAGUGCUUUGGCAAAAUCUAUUUUUGAAACAAUACAGUCUCAAAAAGGCCCUGAAGACUGGCCGCUCGAGUCACUGGACCUUCAUUGUAUUGGAAAAGCCGGAUUGAUAAAUCAUCCGCUGGGAACAACGCAGAUUUACCCAUUCGCGUCCGUGCUAUGGGCUUUGAAACAACCGUGGCGGGUUAUUCGCUUUCCUUAUUCUGAUGGUCAAAUCAUAGUGCAAGGGAUACGACCGCCAAAAAAUUCUCAAGGACCAGAACGCCCGCUUCCAUCUUGGCUGGAAGAGCCCUUCCGACGAAUUUGGCCUGCAAAGCAGGGAGGGAGUAAUUGGUCUACUGACUGGCACAGCUUGCCUCUUGAUAUGUCUUCAGUUCCUGCUUCCUUCUUUAGCGAAGGGAGGAAAUGGACAUAA